AUGACGUCAAUCGGUACGGGUUACGAUCUCUCUAACUCGGUCUUCUCACCAGAUGGCCGCAAUUUCCAGGUGGAAUAUGCCGUCAAGGCCGUGGAGAAUGGAGGAACAGCUAUCGGCAUCAGGUGCAAAGAUGGCGUGGUGCUAGCAGUGGAAAAAAUCAUCACUAGCAAGCUCCUAAAACCUGGUUCGAAUAAGAGAAUCGCGACGGUAGAUCGCCAUGUCGGCAUUGUAUCGGCUGGACUAGUACCGGACGGUCGUCACUUUGUUUCCAGAGCUCGAGACGAAGCAUCCUCGUGGAGAGGUACAUACAAAGCCCCGAUCCCUACCUCGGCGCUUGCGAACCGCCUGGGUGGCUAUGUACAAGCAUACACGCUAUACUCCAGUGUACGGCCGUUUGGUGUGACUUCAAUCAUCGGUGGGUGGGACAGUGAAGCGGAGCUGGCGGUCGACGGCCAGGUGGGUAGUGGUCCCAAAUCAGGUUCUGGUGGAAAGGUAGAAGGUGCCCCAGCUGGUGGACCUGGCCUGUACAUGAUCGAACCCAGUGGGUUGUACUGGGGCUACUAUGGCGCCGCAACUGGUAAGGGCCGACAGGCCGCCAAGGCGGAGCUGGAGAAGUUAGACCUGACCUCUGGCAAGCUAUCGCUAUUGGAAGGUGUGAAGGAAGCGGCCCGCAUCAUCUACGUUGCCCACCAAGACAGCAAGGACAAGGAAUUUGAGCUAGAGAUGUCAUGGAUCAGCUCAAUGGAUGGCCCCACCAAGGGUUGUCACGAGGCGGUGCCCAAGGAACUCCGCGAGGAAGCAGAGAAGUUUGCGAAGCGAGCACUUGAGGGCGAAGACGAAGAGGAGCAAAUGGAGGAAUGA